UGUGCGAUGACUGCAGAGCGGGCCGAACCGCCACCCCGACCAGGGACAAGGACCAUUUGUCUGGCAAUACCCUGAGGAAGCCAUGGCCUUCUUGAUCCGAGCGAGGGCACACAUGCACACGGUAUGCAUCUAUGUGCUGUAACAACACACACAGCGUAUCAGUCCUGUGUGUGUGUGUGCGUGUGUGUCUUUAGGACAAUCACUUGUCGGGUCUGAUUGACCUGCAGCGCGGUGCAGUCGGCUGCCAUUGGGUCCGGAUCUGCAGAUCACCCUCACCGAGUACGAAAAGGCCGGCACGGGGUACCAUGGGCGGCUGGCCCUGUCGCAGCUGGCCAGCAGCCCGGCGAGUGCGUCCUUCGCCGAGCGCCUGACCAUUCUCAAUAAGGACCCGCAGACGGGCAAGGAGUACCUGGCUCGACUGAUACCCAAAACCCUUUACACCAGGGAUCCAUCGAUGAGGGAGGGAGGGACUGCCCGAACAUGAUCCAUCCAUCCAUCCAUCCAUGUGUGUGUAUGUGUGUGUGUUUGCAGGAGAAGGAGGCGAUUGUGUGAUUGCUGACAAGGGCUUCCCGGCGGUCGCGCGAUUCGUCUGCCGUGCCGACGAGCGCGACUAUCACAAGACCCUCAUAGUGCUCCCCUUCAAACCACUCAGCGACUUCCAGUAA